CACGCGACGAGUGCCUCGGCAGCGUCAUAUACUGACAGACUUCUACGUCGCGAGCCGCAGCUGAUGUGUUCACCUCAAGGCUUAUGGGCAAUCGACUGCGUUCUACGAAGUAUGCUCGGACUUCCUAUUCGCCAUUCGCGCUAAGUCUAGAAUGCCUGGUCUUGAAACAAUUACCCCUCAGGCUUCUAGCACUUCUUUGCACGUAUCUGGUGUAUACACACACACCGAAUAGAACAAGACGGCGGUGUUGCCCAAAAAGGACGAUAAUAAAUACGACGGAAUCAUCGGCUUUAUCUAUGAGUACCAUUACCAAAGUCACAAGGCAAUGAAGGGGACUUUGAACACGAAUCGUCCUAUCGUUUCUUACACAAAUCGGACUAAUUGCGCAUCAGGGUGACAUUGGACUGGGC